AUGUCAGGAGCGCCAAACAAGCUAUCUCUUUCUUGUUCUACCCGUAGGAUCUCGGGAUGCUACGAAGCCUUAGACGGAGGCAACACGGGCGAUGCCUUGGUGGAUUUUACUGGGGGGGUCUCGGAACCGAUUGACCUGGUCGAAGGAGGCUAUGCCAACGAUGAAGCCAAACGAAACCUCCUUUUUGAGCGAGUGCUGAAGGUCUAUAACCGAGGAGGCCUCAUUAGCUGCUCCAUCAAAGCCGUGUCAGCUGCUGAUAUGGAAGCCCGGCUGGACUGUGGCCUGGUCAAAGGCCACGCCUACGCAGUCACCAACGUCCAGAAAGUCCGCCUUGGCCAUGGCUUGCUGGCCUUCUUCAAAUCCGAAAAGCUGGACAUGAUCCGGUUGCGGAAUCCGUGGGGGGAGCGAGAGUGGAACGGCCCCUGGAGCGACACCUCGGAGGAAUGGCAGAAAGUCAGCACCAGUGAACGAGAGAAACUCGGAAUGACAGUAGAGGAUGAUGGAGAGUUUUGGAUGGCCUUUGAUGACUUCUGUACAUACUUCACUGACAUCAUCAAAUGCCGCCUGAUCAACACGUCCUACCUGAGCAUCCAUAAGACAUGGGAAGAAGCCGUCUUGAAGGGUGCCUGGACGCGACAUGAAGACCCCUUGAAGAACCGUUGCGGAGGCUGUGUCAACAACCGGGAAACUUUCCUGCAAAACCCCCAGUACGUUUUUGAUGUGAAGAAAGCAGAAGACGAAGUCUUGGUUUGCAUCCAGCAAAAGCCCAAACGGACCAGCCAGAAGGAAGGGAAGGGAGAAAAUCUGGCCAUAGGAUUUGACAUCUUCAAGGUGGAACUCAACCGGACGUACCGAAUGCACAGCCUACAGACCAAGGUCGCCAGCUCCAUCUACAUCAACUCUCGUAGCGUCUUCCUGAGGACGGACCUGAAAGAAGGCCGCUAUGUCGUCAUACCGACCACUUUCGAGGCUGGCCAUGUGGCCGAGUUCCUGCUCAGGCAGUUCACAGACGUGCCUUCUGACUUCCAAGAACUGACCUUGGAUGAGCCCCCUCACACCUGCUGGAGUGGAAUAUGUGGCUAUCCCCAAUUGGUGUCCCAGGUCCAUGUCAUCUCGGCUUCCGGGCUGAAGAACCAAGGCUCUGAAGAAGUGGAUCCCUACGUGAUCAUAAAGUGCGAAGGGGAGAAGAUCCGAUCACCAGUCCUAAAGAACACUAUGACGCCAGAAUUUGACGUAAAAGGACUUUUCUACCGCAAGAAACCGAGACAGCCAGUCAUAAUUCAGAUCUGGAACCACAACCUGAUCACAGAUGACUUUCUGGGACAAGUCGCCUUGGUCGGAGACCCCGACGAGCUCCAUCCUUUGCACAUUCUCCACCUCCAAGACAGAGGGAGCAAACGGGUAUCGGAUCUGCCCGGCGUUCUUAAGGUGCAGCUGUUGAGUAGCAACGUUCUCACGAGCAUCUGAGACCACAGAGCCUUGGGGAUAGCCUUCUCUGCUCUACGCCAUCUUCCACUAGUCCUCUAUGUACGUCUCCCAGUGUGCUUGUCCGUUUGUCUCCAUUUACUCUGCAUGCCUUCACUUUUGAAAUGGGACCAGCCCUUCUACGUUCAGUCUGGGUUGUUUUUCACAAUUUGACACAAAAAGGUGCCUUUUUUCCCAGAAGCCAAAAUGCAAUGUUUUGCCCUUCUUCUUCUUCUUCUUCUUCUUCUUCUUCUUCUUCUUCUUCUUCUUCUUCUUCUUCUU